GAUCAGUCAGGUUCUUCCUGAUGCAACCACAACAGCUUUUGAAUAUGAAGAUGAAGAUGGCGAUCGGAUUACUGUCCGCAGCGAUGAAGAAAUGAAAGCAAUGUUGUCCUAUUAUUACACAACUGUAAUGGAGCAGCAGGGAAACGGACAGCUGAUUGUACCCCUGCAGAUCUACCCAAGAGCUUGCAAGCCUCCUGGGAAAAGGAACAUACAUGGCCUGAAGGUAAAUACACGAGCCGGGUCUGCUAACAAUAGCAGUGCGGCCAUCCCAGACUCCCUUCCAAGCCAUAGCCUGAAGAAGUCCUCCGCUGAGCUGAAGAAAAUACUAGCAAACGGCCAGAUGAAUGAACAAGACAUACGGUAUCGAGACAUCCUUGGGCACGGCAACGGAGGGACCGUUUACAAAGCAAACCAUGUCCCCAGUGGGAAAAUACUAGCUGUAAAGGUGAUUCCUUUAGAUAUUACAUUAGAACUUCAGAAACAGAUUAUGUCCGAAUUAGAAAUCCUUUAUAAGUGCGAUUCAUCCUACAUCAUAGGAUUUUACGGUGCUUUUUUUGUAGAAAACCGGAUUUCCCUUUGUACUGAAUUUAUGGAUGGGGGCUCCUUAGAUGUCUACAGAAAAAUUCCAGAACACGUCUUGGGAAGAAUAGCUGUAGCUGUUGUUAAAGGUCUUACUUAUUUAUGGAGCUUAAAAAUUUUACAUAGAGACGUGAAGCCCUCUAAUAUGUUGGUGAACACAAGAGGCCAGGUCAAGUUAUGUGACUUUGGAGUCAGCACCCAGCUGGUGAAUUCCAUAGCAAAGACCUACGUCGGGACGAAUGCAUAUAUGGCACCAGAACGAAUUUCCGGAGAACAGUACGGCAUCCAUUCUGACGUAUGGAGUCUGGGAAUUUCCUUCAUGGAGCUUGCUCUCGGGAGGUUCCCCUAUCCUCAGAUUCAGAAAAACCAGGGAUCUUUAAUGCCUCUCCAGUUACUCCAGUGCAUUGUUGAUGAGGAAUCUCCUGUCCUUCCGGUUGGGGAGUUCUCGGAGCCGUUCGUACACUUCAUCACUCAAUGUAUGAGGAAGCAGCCAAAAGAACGACCAGCCCCUGAAGAAUUAAUGGGCCACCUCUUUAUUGUGCAGUACAAUGACGGGAACGCCGAAGUGGUCUCCAUGUGGGUGUGCCGGACUCUGGAGGAGAGGCGUGUGCAACAACAGGGAUCCCAGUGAGAGGAAGAGCGAUGCGCUCUCUCUCCCACGGGGCCAGAGCCUCCGAAGAGCUUCACGUUGCAGAGUGGAGCCCGCCAGGAGAGAUCCGGCGUCUUUUCUUCAAGAAAUUCAGCGGGCGUCCUUUGCCCCCCGCGGCUCUCGCUGCCUCCUCCUGCAUCCCUAAGACAAGGCGAACGUAUAUUUUAUAAACCGAAGGUGUAUCUGUUGGCCUCCCAAGUAUUUUAUAUGAUUUGGGGUCUUUGCUAGCGAAACAAACACGAGGACAUGAGCAGAAAAGGAAGGUGGCAGCCCUGUGGACUCAGCCAGGUGCCUGCCUUGCAUUGGGAUUGGAAAACUGAAUGUUACAUGAUGGGCCGGUGAAAGAAAAUGGACCGAGAUGAAGGAAUAAAAAAGCGUACGCGGUAUCAGCCAAAGGGUGUGCGCUAAUGCUUGCACCGUCCCCUGUACCUACUCUUCCUUACGUAGGACGAGGUGGACAUCAAAGAGACUUUAGCAGAAGAUCAAAACAGGAGGGAAAGUUGGUCUGGGCUUUCAUUUGUUAUUCCCUUGAGCGGUAGGACAAUUCCUUGAGGUUGGUCUGAAGUUCAUUCUUGGAGGAAUUCUUGCCUGAACUGCAGAAGAGGUGCUGCCGGCCAGGGUUGAUAGCAAAGUCGGACCCUUUGAUUGGAAGCUUCCUUUGUUCCUAUUCAACAAACCUAAGAUAAAAAUAUUAAAGUCAUUCUCUCUCUCUCUCUCUCUCUCUCCUUCCACAAAUGUUGCCUGAGGCUGAUGUGACUUAUCAUUCAUUUGUUCAAUUAAAUGUGCGUAUUCGUGCAACCUUCACCGGUGAAAGCCGCGAUAGCUAGGUUUUGAGAACAUGAGGCUAAAUUGAGCCUGGGCAGUUGGUGACUGAAGAUGGUCUGGGAAUCCAUCCUGAUAAAAGGGAGUUAGCAAGUUGUGUGAACCGUGCCAUCCUAUUAAACUCUGGUGUUUUUAUUUGUUUAUUUAUUUGUCACGCGAAUAUAUAUCCUGCCAAUUGAUCAGGCUGUAGGUGGUGUACAUGGACAAUGCAAUUUAUCUGUUUGUGCAUAACAUUAUGGGGGAUAGCAGUUGCAUUUCCUUCAGGGUUUAGCAUCUUGGGUGAAUCUACUGUAACUGACCCAGGUAAUGAAGUCUAUCCAUUAACCUCACCAACUGGAGUCACGGGUCAAAUGGAGACUCAACUCAAAGAAGGGAGGCUGAGAGUCGUGCAGCCCUCUGAUGCUCUGGCCUUCAGCAGCUACUCUGCAAAAAAAGAACAAAACCAAAAACAGGAAGAAGGAAAUUGUGCUGUAAUCCAGUCCACCAACAACUUCUGGAACACAGUCUAAAAGGAGUCCAGCCUUUGAUAGCAAACAAGGUUCCUCUGCACCCUAAAACGUGGAUCUGUUGCAGACGGCUGCUUUAUGGACUGCCCUAUUCAACUUUUGUCGCCUGUCUAAAUAAUUAUAACAUUAAAAGACUUACAUUGAAAGUUUAAGAA